AUGGCCUUGAAUGGCUCAUCACAAGAUAUCAAGACAAUGAAGUCGAGGCUGUUAAUCAUGCAGACUGCUGUGAUGGCUGCUGUUUACACAUUUUCAGAGGAUGAUGUAUUCGACAGAUGCUUGAAACAUUUGGCCAAACUGGAAUGUUUGGAAGAGCGUUUCAGAUACAGGACAGAAGACGUGACCUCAGACCAAGAGACCGUCCAUCAAUCCCAAAUCCUCAAAGCCGAGUUCAUAACAACAAAAAAGCUCGUCCAGAAAGCAGAAAAGGAACUCAUAGCUUAUGUGUUUACGAUAGAUCAACUGCAGGAGAGGGCGAAGAAGUGGAAGACUUGCAAGAUGGAGGAGGCAUUGAGACUUCAUGUACAAAAAGUAUAUGAAGAUGUGCGACGGUUGAUGCCGAAACUCAAGCUGCUACACACUAUGUGUCUAGAAAUGGAUAUCGCUGAUGAGGUUCAAAUUGUUGCGAAGGACAAGAAUGAGAUUGCUAUGGUUUAG